CUGAUUGCAGAAAACGUUUUUGAACUUGUUUUCCUAACGAUCUCUCGAGUGUCCUUGAUACCGGUGUCCAUCCUUUGAUACCUAGUUCCAUUCCCCCUUUAACGCCCCUAUAUCUACUAAGUUCUUGUGUCAUCGAACAAAAUGCACCCGCGGCGUGUUCUCCAUUACCUAGCUAUAGGACUACGAUUUUCUAAAGCUGCAGCUGCAACAUGCUCUUCAAAUCUCCUAGUUGACGACUUCUCGCGGUUUUCUAAUGGGAGAAACAACCUCGGACUAAAGGCAAGCGAUGAUGGUUCUAUGGCAUCAAUAUCCUCUAUUGGCCAUUCAAUUUCAUUUACACCCCGGCCAAUGUCCUACUUCUAUGAAACCGUGCCCUGUGUCGACGCAGAGACAUCCGGGUACAAGGCACUCGCAUUUACUAUAAAGGCCCCCACGGGCGCAUCCCUCACGCUCGAGAUGCAGACGAGAGAAAACUGUUCGAUAGAGGCGCAUAAUAGCACAUGGCGAUAUUUUAUGAAUUUUACCGGCGAACAUGAGAGGAUCGUGGCUCCUGUAAGCUCGUUCCUAGGAGCUAAGACGAGUGGCAUCUCCGCGUUUAAUUGGGCAACCUGGAAAUCGCAGAGCACAGAAUCCGUCUGGGAGCCUGGCGAUGUAGAGCUGGUUUGCGGUGCGUGAUCUUAGGAACUUAUCGAACCUAUAUAAUUGGAAUAUUCCUAAAGUCAGUCGAGGGUUCAGAGCUGUAGGUCUGUCAGGUUCCGGAGAGGGACUCAUACAAUAUUCAAAGAUAAUACGACAUGGCUUUCCAGAAGCACAGCAAUGGGAUAUUUCUUACACAAAUUAUCAAAGCUAGGCAGUUUCUUCCACAUCAUAUGUAUGUUCAUGGUCUCGUUGCAUGAGUGCGGAGUUUAGGGGUGAUUGCGACGGUGACGUUGUAUAUUCGAAGAGUGAGUCACAUUAGCUAUAUGGAUCAAAUUUCAUCUAUUAAUCUAUCACCAUCUUCUAGUAUUUCAUAAUACGAAUACAGCCGUGGGCAAAUUAUAUAUAAAAUUCCAAUAAUGUUGCUUGGAAAUAUAAUUACAACAAGUAUUCUAGGC